AUGUCCGUAUGGAACGUAACACAGAAUGCACCCUUGGACUUGAGUAGACAUGGGACUGCAUGGAAAACUGAUGUUAUUAGUACUUUGAAAUUUCAACGACGUCUUCCCUGUCAAACUUGUGGUAAAAGUUUUGACAGACCUUCCCUUUUAAAAAGACACCUGCGAACGCACACAGGCGAAAAGCCACAUGGUUGCGCAAUAUGUGGGAAGAUGUUUAGCACGAGCAGCUCAUUGAAUACUCACGUUAGGAUUCAUACUGGUGAACGUCCUCAUGAAUGUCCAAUGUGCGGAAAGCGUUUUACAGCAUCGUCGAAUUUGUAUUACCACCGCAUGACGCAUUAUAAGGAAAAACCACACAAGUGUGAUAAAUGUGGACGAUCCUUUCCAACUCCCGGUGAUUUAAGGGCUCAUGGAUAUUCUCACACCGGUAAUUGGCCCUUACGUUGUCCCGUCUGUAACAGGGGAUUUUGCAAACUUGGCGCCUUACACCAUCACAUGAAAUCACAUGGUGAUCGUUCUUAUUAUGGUUUCUACAAUCAGAAGCCUCCCGUCAUCAAUAAUUUACAAAUUCCUGAGGGUUUACAACAGCAUUCGCAUGUGUCAAAUAAUAAUCCAGCUGAUUAUAUGAGUAUACACAAUGGCAUUUCAAGCGUAGAGAUUAUCAAGUUUGAAGGCUUCAAUUGUAUGCAAUUACCUACGACAUAUCCAUGGCCUUCUCUCUCUUGGAUGCCGUUACAAUUCAAAAAUUAAUUUAUUAUAUUUUCUGCAACUAAUAAAUAAACCAAAUCUGAUGUAUUAUGAACUUCUAUAAAAGUAGUGAUUAACAGAAAAUAUACACAUUUAAUAUAUUUGUCCAUUGUGUAAAAGAAACAUGUAAUGUAAUAUAAUAAUAUGAGUAAGUAAUAUUUUUGGACUUUGUUCGUCAAUCAUUCUUCUAUCUCUUUUCCGACCUAUAUACAUACCUAUGUGUGUGUAUAGGUAUAUUUAU